CGCAUUCCGAUCGAUGCUGACAUGAACGACGUCACAGUCGUGUUUACAUACGUUGCGCUACCUCGUCUCCCGCGCAAAAAACACAACGGCGAUUGAGGUUAAGAGACGCGAUCUGCUUGGUCGGGAACACUAGGAACGUUCUCGUGGUGUCACGGAUGCCCGUGAGACCGCGGUCAUGGCCGCAAUAGAAGUUGCAUUCCCGUUAGACGGGCAACCCGGCAAAAUAGUGAAAUGGAGAGUACGUCCGGACACGAUGGUCGCGGCGGGUAGAGUAUUGUUGUUAUACCGCAAUGCGACGCCGGACGACGAGGAUGCCGCGGAGCCUGAGAAGAAGCUGCGAGCCACGAGAUUCGGUCGUGUCAAGAAACUCCUCGUCAAGGAGAACGAGGUCGUCCAACCUGGGCAGGUAAUUAUCUUACUGGAAGGAUGCACACAUCCUACUGUAAUGAUAGACCUAUGUGCGGAGUGUGGAGCAGACCUACGCGUGGAACAGGCUGGCAAGGACGGCAAGAUAGCUGAGGUGUCGCAGGCCAGUGUGCCUAUGGUGCACAGCAUACCAGAGUUGAAAGUGUGUCCGGAAUUAGCUGAGAAGAUCGGGAAGGAGGACGAGCAACGUCUGCUGAAGGAUCGGAAAUUAGUGCUGCUUGUGGAUCUCGACCAAACGAUAGUUCACACUACUAACGAUCAUAUCCCGCCUAAUUUAAAGGACGUUCACCACUUUCAACUGUAUGGGCCGAAUUCGCCGUGGUAUCACACCAGAUUAAGACCGAACACCCGGCAUUUCCUCUCGGAAAUGAGCCACUUGUACGAAUUGCAUAUCUGCAGUUUUGGAGCGAGAAUCUAUGCGCACACUAUCGCAUCGUUGCUGGACAAGGAUGGGAUCUUAUUCUCACACAGGAUACUUUCCAGGGAUGAAUGCUUUGAUCCAGCAUCAAAGACUGCGAAUCUGAAAGCAUUAUUCCCAUGCGGCGAUGACUUAGUAUGUAUCAUAGACGACAGAGAAGACGUGUGGCAAGGUUGCGGAAACUUGGUUCAAGUCAAACCCUAUCAUUUUUUCCGUCACACCGGUGAUAUCAAUGCACCACCAGGAUUGGACAAAUGCGACACAUGGCGUACACAUGAACCGGAAAAUACAAAUACAAACGAAACAUGUGGAAACUCACAGAGCGAAGACAGCAAGAACGAUGCGCUCGAGUCAUCGGGCAAGCCGUUAUCAUCAGAUAACGAUACUUCGACGAAAGAAGCUAAUCCUGAAAUAGAUGAAACCUGUGAUAAGCUGGAAGAAACGAACAACGGAGAUACCGAAGUCGAUACCGAGGAAGAAGCGGAUUCUAAAGCGCAGUCUAUUAUUACAAACGAAACAGAAACACAGCCCGCUUCUGUGAGCAAUGUAAAUGAGUCGCAAUCUACUACAGAAAAUAAAAUGCAGUCUGAUACUGUAAAUAAAGAUGAUACAACGGAUAAAGAUGAUACAACGGAUAAAGAUGAUACAACGGAUAAAGAUGAUACAAUGGAUAAAGAUGAUAUAACGAAUAAAGAUGAUACCACAGAUAAAGAUGAUAUAACGGAUAAAGAUGAUACAACGGAUAUAGAUAAUACAACAGAUAAAUAUGAUGAUACAACGGAUAAUAAAGAUGAUACAACGGAUAAAUAUGAUACAACGAAUAAAAAUGAUACAAAGGCAGUAGCAAAAGAAAUUCCACCAUUUGAAAAAACAAAGGAAAACAGUAAACAAGAGACGUCGAAGAAUGACAGUAAUGUGAUAGAUGAGGAUGACGAUGAUUACUUGUUAUACUUGGAGGAUAUCCUUCGUAGAAUUCAUACGGAAUUUUACUGCACCCUAGACAAGGGUAACGGCCGAAGAUCCUUGCGAGAUAUAAUUCCACGAGUACGUUCCCAAGUGCUGAAAGGAUUAUGCUUGACUUUCAGUGGCUUAAUACCCACCCAUCAGAAGCUGCAUCAAAGCCGUGCGUACAAAGUCGCGAGAGCAUUCGGAGCAGAAGUAACUCAAGAUUUGACAGAAAAGACUACGCAUUUGGUUGCGAUUAGAAAAGGCACAGCGAAAGCGAACGCGGCCAAGAAGGACAUGAACAUAAAGAUCGUAAAUCCGGAAUGGUUGUGGACGUGUGCAGAACGAUGGGAGCAUGUCGACGAGCGUCUGUUCCCCGUCACGUCGCAGGCUCGUGGAUCGAGAGUACCGCCGCCACACUGCAGCAGCCCGGAAAGCGUCGAGGAGUUAGAGAGCAACAACAGUGCGGCGAACUCUUUUGCCAACACGAUCAACCCAUUGAUGUCUUUCACUCGAGAGGAGAUUGAAUUUAUGGAUAAGGAAGUAGAAGAAGACAUGUUAGAACAAGAUACAAUAUUCGACAUGGAGGACAUGGAUGAUGAUGCGGAAUUGUGCGGCACGAGAAUACGUCGUCGCAGUUUUGACUCCGAGGAUUCCAUGAACGAUGAAUGGGUGUUAAUGAAAAAGAGGCAAAAAAUUGAGAACGGAAAUUCUGACGAGAGUUCCUCUGAGGAUAGAGAAGACAACCGUAACAGUCAUGAUGAUGAUGAUGACGACGAGGACAACGACGACGACGACGACGAUGACGACGACGAUGAUGAUCCUAUUACACGUUUCAGAAGGGGAGAAGAUUUACCCGACGAUUUAGAAUUAGGUGAUAAUUCACAAGAUUCAAUAGAUGAUUUCGAGGGUGGAGAUAAUGAAGAUGAUCGGGAAUGGAACGCACUGGGUGCUGCGCUUGAAAGGGAAUUUCUCGCGGAAUGAUAUGCUUAAGAGAGGCGAAAAGGAUAUAUUGACGCGUGCAUACUUCGGAUUAUUGGACUGACUGAGGAUGUUUUGCAUCACUAAUAAAUUUCAAGUUCGAUAAUUGAAUGGGAGGAUAUUAUUAUUGAUGAUGUUAAAUUAUUUAUGUACUCUGAUGUAGUCAGAGCAAGAUGUUAUAUAAAGACACUGAAUGUUUGCUAUAAUCUACUAAAAGUAGAUUGAAAUGGCUGAUUUGCCCAAUGGAAAUAUGUAAAAUUCAAAAAGAUUCUUUCUAAAUUAAACUAUUGCUCUGUAUUAAA